AUGUGGGUGGCGAGCAGCGCCAUCGCUGCGCUCGCUCUCCUUGCUCUUCUCAUCCCAACGGCAACAGCAUGCACCAAUGAGAUGCACACCUCGGCUGCAGGUGUUACAAGUGGAACUCUGGCCACACCUGGCGCCAACUACAUCAGCAACGCAGACUGCAGCUACACCUUUGACUUUGUCCAUGGCGGCAUCGAGCUCGUCUUCAACACCUUUGACCUUGAGAACGGCUACGAUUACAUGUACAUCUACGAGGGGACGACCAGCCCGAGUACCGAGUUUCUCAAGAUUCGCGUAACCGGGACCGAGGCGCUGGGUCAGACCAUGUACUUUGAGGCCUCGCAGGUUGUCGUCGUCUUUCAGUCAGACACCUCCGUCGUACAGACCGGGUACUCGAUCGACUGGGCGCGCAAGACGUUUUCGGCAUCGAGCCCUGGUCCGCCGUCGCCGCUGACCGCGCCCGACUGCUCGUACACCGAGCCACCGUCCGGCAGCUGGCCCUCGCUGGAGAUCGCCGGCGAUGCCACCUUAGAGUUCAAUCUUCGCCUCGACGCCACAGCCAUGGCCGAGCGCGUCGACGUCUUCUCGUUCCGCUCUACCACCACCGAGUUCAUCAUCCGCUUUCUCGGCGACGACAUCUUUGACCAGCCCGGCACUGCGAACGAGGCUCAUCGGACCAUCGCGUUCCAGGCCACCGGUGGUGUCGGCAACUAUGAGGCGCAAGCCCCGGCCGGCUCGGUCUCUCCCGGUGUCGAUGUCCACCUGGCCGGCAUCUAUGACUCAGGCUUGGGCACCUGGUCCAUCUUGGUCGAUGGCGUGCCACAGACGACCAUGGUGCUCAAGCAGAGCGGCUCACCAUAUACGCUUUCGUCAAGUAGCCUCGGCCUCCACAUCGGCUACUACCGCAUGCGCUGGGAGGUCACUGACGCAAUGUGGGAUCUACGCGUGUGGAACUACUCACGGACGGCAGCGGAGAUUGACACCAAUCGCCUCGCUACACUCACCGGAUGCGAGACCGGCUUGAUUGGCCUCUUUCGCCUUGACAUCGAGCAUACUCUCAACGAAGCCGGUAUUGGCUGUGGUGGCCUCCCGGGAGCUGGCAUCUGCUCCCAGCCGCGCAAGUUCCCACCACUUGUCUACACCACCUCUCCUGCCCCCGUCACCUGUGGCGACGGGUAUGUGGAGGGCGCGCCCUGCACCACCUGUGCGCACCCCAACGGCAUGGACUGCGCCGGCACCUGCGAUGGCAACGCCAUCCUCGACGCAUGCAACGUCUGCUCCGGUGGCACCACCAACCGCCUGCCCAACGCUGAUCGCGACGACUGCGGCGUGUGCUUUGGCGGCAACGCCGAUCGCGACGACUGCGGUGUCUGCUUUGGCGCCAACGCCCACAAGGACGAAUGCGGUGUCUGCUUUGGCUCGAACACGACCUGCGCCGGCUGCGACGGGGUGCCCAACUCGGGCCUCGUCCGCGACGUAUGCGGCGUGUGCGAUGGCGACGGCUCGUCCUGCCUCGGCUGCGACGGGGUGCCGAUUCCCUCAGGCGGCGCACAUUUCGACGCGUGUGGCGUUUGUGGCGGCAACGCCACUGUAUGCUACGUCGGCUGCGACGGCGUCUACGGCUCGAGCAUCCACUACGACUGCCACGGCGUGUGCGGCGGCAACGCCACCAUCGACAGUUGCGGCAUGUGUGCCGGCGGCAACGUCUCGACUCCGCUCCCGUACAACUACCACCUCGACUCGUGUGGCGUGUGCUUUGGCCAGGAUCUGACCUGCACCACCUGUGCGUCCGGAGUCCUCGAUGCCUGCGGCGUGUGCGAUGGCGACAACUCGACGUGCGUCGGCUGCGACGGGAUCCGUGUCUCUGACGGCGGCGCGCUCUUUGAUCUCUGCGGUGUCUGUGGCGGCGACGGCUCGUCGUGCAUCAUGGGCUGCGACGGCGUCCUCGGCUCGUCCGCCACCUACGACUGCACCGGAACUUGCAGCGGCACCGCCGCCAUCGACGAGUGCAACUCGUGCACCGGCGGGACGUCGCUCAUUCCCACGGCCAACUUUUUCCGCGACGACUGCGGCAUCUGCUUCCGCGGUAACGUCGAUCGCGACUCUUGUGGCGUCUGCUUUGGCGGCGACGCCGAUCGCGACGACUGCGGCGUGUGCCGUGGUCACAACGCGGCCAUGGACGACUGCGGCGCUUGCUUUGGCUCCAAUCUCGCCAAGGACGACUGUGGCACUUGCUACGGCAACAACACCGUGUGUGCCGGCUGCGAUGGCAUCCCCAACUCGGGCCUGAUCGUCGAUGCCUGCGGCGUCUGCACGCUGCCAGCUGCUGGAUGCAACGGCAUCAGGGCCGCUACGCGCUCAUCGACUGUCUCGCCGUUGGUCGUCAGUGCCAUGGGCGGCUCGGUCGUCGUCAUCUGUAUUCUUCUCAUUGCUGCGCUUGUCAUUGCCUACCGCCGCCGCCGCUCCGCCUCCGUCUUGGCCUACCACGCCACGCUCGCCGACAAGGCUCCCCAGGGCGAGAUCUUCAUCAUCUCCACAGACAUCGAGAACUCAACCAUGCUGUGGGAGAUCAACCCGGACCAGAUGAUUGUCGUCCUCGACAAGCACAACGAGAUCAUGCGCACCGCCAUCACCGCCACCGGCGGCUACGAGUUCAAGACCGAGGGUGACGCCUUCUUUGUCGCCCACGCAGACGUCGAGGCCGCAGUCGCCUGCUGCGUCCGCGCCCAGCUCGACCUGAUGGCCGUUGCCUGGCCCAACUGGCUUGUCAGCGUUCUUCCCAGCGGGGAUCCGGCGGUGUGGAACGGUGUCCGGGUUCGCAUGGGCAUCCACUAUGGCCAAGUCUCGUCGGCAUUUGACGUCCGCGCCGGGCGGACCCAGUACUUUGGCAGCAUGGUCAAUCUCGCGACGCUGGUCUCCGACACUGGGACCGGCGGCCAGAUUGUGACCUCGCGCGAGGUCAUCGACCAGCUCGCUGCCGCCCGAUCGCGUCUCGAUCUCGACGACGCGCACGACAACGCUGCAUUUGCGCCGGCCGAAGUCACCGUCACCCCGCUCGCCAACGUCGCCUUUGAUGGCAUGUCGGCAUCGUGCGAGGUGUGGGAGAUCAUGCCAACGACGCUUGCAAACCGCGCGUAUGACAUGGGCUUGGACCGCAUCAACAAAAUCGCAUCCAUUUCCCGUCCGCUUGCUGCCGAGACUCCGCCGCCACUCGCAACCGGUAUUCCCGUCAGCGCCAGGACAUUGCGCUCCGAAGCGACCACCUGCGAGCUCGCGAGUGUCGUCCGGGUCUCGACCGCGUCGCGGACCCGGGUGCGGACCCGAGCGCGGACCCGUGCGCGCAAGCGCAACCAUUCCAACGCGGCCGCCUCGCAACCGCUAGCUCACGAGUCUGUGCAUCUGCGAUCAGCGUCGAUGUCGGCGGCGGCAACGGUCCCGUCGGGUGUUGCCUCGCGCUCGCCGUCGGCUGUCCGCACCGUUGUCUCCAACUCGUCCAUGUCGCGUGGCUCGCCCUCGCCACGCCGCUCCAAGCGCAGUCACGACUUCUCCCCAGACGCCAAUUUUGACCUUGUAUCGUCCAAGGAACCGAGCCGCGCCAUCCCGCCUUCGCUUGCCGAGCUCCAUCACCGCGGCCUCAUCUCGCCAUCGUCACCCGAGCUCCGCACCACCGCGCAGCAGUCGGCCUCAUCACUGGCCUCGCCGGCAACGCGGUCACGCCGCGUUCGCCGCCGCGUCGGCACCAACUAUGUCCGCCGCGUCCCAACUGACAAUCCCUAUGCCAAGAGCCUCAACUCAGACAGCGUCGACGGGAACAGCCUCAAUGCCUCCUUUGACUCAUCAGUCACCCACUCCCCGUCCCUUGGCGACCAUCUCUCGCCGACGGCCUCGCCCUCGGCAGCCGCCGCCAUCCUCGGUGUCUCUACGCUCACCCGCCCGCGAUCCCGCUCCAUGUCACUUGCCACAUCCACCCUCAAUCCUUAG